UCCAUUUGCUUCCAUCCUCUCUCCAGCAACCACAGAAUUCCAUAGCAGCCUUGGCGUGUGAAGAGACCUACAGAGGGGUGGCGAAGGAACGAGCAGCAGUACGCUGCUCUUUCAACAAUUUGGAGAAGAUAAAAUUUGGGCAUUGUUGAGUUUCUUCUUGCUCCGACCUGCAAGCUCAUGGCAGAGUCGCUGCUUCUCCCUCUAGUGCGCAGCAUGGCUGGCAAGGCUGCAGAUGCACUCAUCGAGACGGUGAGUCGUAUGUGUGGCCUCGACGAUGAUCGCCAAACGCUCGAGCGGCAUCUACUAGCCGUCGAGUGCAAGCUGGCAAACGCCGAGGAGAUGAGCGAGACAAAUCGCUAUGUCAAGAGCUGGAUGAAGGAGCUCAAGUCCAUCGCCUACCAGGCUGAUGACGUGCUCGACGACUUCCAGUAUGAGGCGCUGCGCCGCGAGUCUAAGGUUGGCAAGUCCACUACCCGAAAGGCACUCAGCUACAUCACGUGCCACAGCCCGCUGCUCUUCCGCUUUGAAAUGAGCAGGAAACUCAAGAACGUCCUCAAGAAGAUCAAUAAAUUUUUUUGAGGAAAAAGAAGAUCAAUAAGUUGGUUGAGGAGAUGAACAAGUUUGGCCUGGAAAAUUCUGCCAGUAGGGAGAAGCGGCAACAUCCUUGCCAGCAAACACACUCAAAACUGGAUGACUGUACCAAAAUCUUUGGAAGAGAUGAUGAUAAGAUGAUGGUGGUGAAGCAACUGCUAGACCAACAAGACCAGCAGAAGGUGCAGGUGCUGUCCAUCUUUGGGAUGGGUGGUCUUGGCAAGACGACUCUUGCUAAGAUGGUGCACAAUGAACAAGAGGUCCACGAACAUUUCCAGUUGAAGAUGUGGCACUGCGUGUCUGAAAAUUUUGAUGUUAUUGCUUUUGUGAAAUCCCUAAUUGAAUUGGCCACAAAUGGAAGCUCUCCCAUGACUGGCAACAUUGAACUAUUGCAGAAGUAACUUGAUGAAGUCAUUGGCCAGAAAAGGUUUUUUUACUUGUUCUCGAUGAUGUAUGGAAUGAAGAUAAAGAGAAUGUGGGAGGAUGAACUGAAGCCACUAUUGUGUUCUGUUGGUGGACCAGGAAGUGUUAUAGUGGUCACAUGUCGAAGCAAACAAGUGGCCUCUAUAAUGUGCACUGUCAAGCCCCACGAGCUAGUAUUUCUGAGUGAAGAAGACUCAUGGGAAUUGUUUUUGAACAAAGCAUUUAGCAAUGGUGUUGAUGACCAACCAGAGUUGGUCGCCAUCUUAAGGCGUAUUGUCAAUAAAUGUGAGGGGUUGCCUCUUGCUCUUAAGAUGAUGGGCGGAUUGCUGAGUUCAAAGGAAAAAGUACAGGAAUGGAAGGCCAUCCAAGAAAGUAACAUUAGGGAUAAUGAUGGAGGCAAAUAUGAGGUAAUGCCCAUACUGAAGUUAAGCUACAAACACAUGUCCUCUGAAAUGAAGCAAUGUUUUGCAUUCUGUGCGGUUUUUCGCAAGGAUUAUGAGAUGGAGAAGGAUAGGUUGAUGCAACUAUGGAUGGCAAAUGGCUUUAUUCAAGAAGAGGGAACAAUGGAUUUAGUGCAUAAAGGAGAAUUCAUUUUUGAUGAGUUGGUUUGGAGGUCCUUCCUCCAAGAUAAGAAAGUGGUAGUCAAACCUGCUGUCUAUGAUGGUGACACACAAUAUGAGACAAUUGUAUGUAAAAUGCACGACUUAAUGCACGAUCUAGCAAAAGAUGUCACUGAUGAAUGUGUAUGUAAAAUGCACGACUUAAAGUAUUGUUAAAAGGUGUUCA